AUGGACAACAUCACGGCGUUGCGUACAUCCUCCGUCGAUGCACUGCUGCCAUUCCCGCGGCCGCAGCAGGCGCACAGUGAGGGGGACCCGUCAUCCAAGCCCUGCUCCCCGCCAGACUCCCCAGCGCACUUGACAAUCCCCUUCCACCGCAGCGCCAAGACAGGCAAGGGCCGCUGCUUCGGGGUGUCCGAGGCCGAGCCCUCGCCCUCCGCCUCCUCCGACGUGGAGGAAGACACCGGCGCGCAAUACCGGCAGCUGCGCGGCAAGUGCGCCAGCAGCUGCAUCCUGCUGCUGCCCGGCACCUCUGUCACCUCCUCGCAGCCCUUGGGGCCGCUCCCAUACACCGCCGCGCGCAUGCAGGCCUGCCUGCAGCUUCUAGAACAUGCGGCCUCAGCCAACGCAGAGCUGAGCAAGCCCGCAGAGCCGGCAACCGACAACACCAGCAGCCCACAGCCGCAGUCUGACAGCGCAUGCAGGUCGGAUUCGCAGCCGGUCGGCGCCAGUGCUGCGCUGGAAACGGCGAUUGUACCGGCGCAGCACAAGGGAGGAGUUCUCUGUUGCGACGCCAGCAGCAAAGAGGAGGAAGAAAGAACGGCGUCGCCGUGGGCAGAGGUGCCAGACGACAUUCUGCGCAGCGUGUGCGGGCACAUGCCGCCGUCGUACGUGCGUGUGGUGCGGCUGGUCUGCCGUGGCUGGGCGGCGGCUGCCGGGCGGCUGAUGCAGCGGCUCAAGCCGGAGGCCCUGGAGGGGCCGCGACUGGCGCAGCGCUUCCCGCACCUUUGCGCGCUCGACCUCUCCCACUGCCUCCACACCGUCACCUUCCACACCCAGACGGCGCUGCAGCUGCGCUCCAACGUCACGGAUGAGCUGGUGGGACAGCUGGCGCCGCUGACUAACCUGCGCGAGCUGAGCCUGCGCGGCUGCACCGGUCUCACCGGCGCGCCCGACUCCGGCUUUGCGCGCAUCGCCGCGUUUGCCCGCCUGGAAUGCCUCGACAUCUCCAACUGCAAGCUGCUGCAGGAUGACGCCCUGAAGGUGGUGGGGCAGCUUCCGGGGCUGAGGCAGCUGCGCGCUGUGGGAUGCACUGCGCUGACAGACGCUGCACUGCACAAACUGGCGGCUCUGCAGGACCUGGUUCAGCUGGAUCUGGGCUGCAACGCUCUCAUCACGGAUGCUGGUAUUGCUGCACUGGCGAACAUGCAAGGGCUGGAGCAGGUGAAUCUGGUGUCCCUGGCGCAAGUGACCAACGCAGGAGUCGCGGCCCUGGAUGCGCUGCCCAACCUCAAGCGCAUCACAGUCUCUAGAUGCGCGCGCAUCUGCGAGAGCGGCAUGCAGGAGCAUUUUGCGGGGAAGCACCUGCGCGUGUCGAUGUGUGGGACGCCGCUGCGCCGCAGCAUGUGUGCCUGGAUGUCAUCUGUGCUGGCAGACCUGGACAACCUGCUCUUCGAGCGCUGA